UUGUUGGAAAGUUUUGAGUUUUUAUAAUCAGAUUUUAUUGUUGUCUUUUCUUUCAACUCUAGUGAUGGUCUUCGUGAAGAGGAAAAUUGUGUGCUUGUUUGUUUCCUGUAACGCUAGCAUAUCGAAAGAAAGAUCAUCCUUUAACGAACAUUGUUAGGAUCUAGGAUUUGCACUUCUACUUCUGGAAUCUGGGUCUUGUGUUCUGUAGAAGUUACCAGCUUGUGCAUAUAUAGAAUCUUUCAGAUUCUUAAUAACAACUUGUAUACAGUUUGAUCCUUGAAAGAUCAUAAAGCAUACGCAACUAGGGCAAGCCCUUAUAUGUUCCUGCUUGUUGCUAACAAGUACAAUAAACAAGAGACCUGAAAUCGACUACACAGCUACUAGAAAUGAUCUAGCUUAAAAAAAAAUCUACUCUACCAUGAAGUUUGGUGUCUCAUGCCAGCUUGAUGCACUACUGAAAGCAUCUUCUUUUGUUCACAUAUAAGCAUGGAUCUAUUUUUUUUUUAAACCCUUCUGCACUGGUACAUCGAAAAUGAUGGCUGGAAAUGGGCAACUUGCCGUUCCUCCAGGUUUCCGAUUCCAUCCAACCGAUGAAGAGCUUUUGUACUAUUAUCUGAAGAAGAAGGUGUCCUAUGAAGCUAUUGAUCUUGAUGUUAUAAGGGAGCUGGAUCUCAACAAACUUGAGCCUUGGGACCUCAAAGAUAAAUGCAGAAUCGGGUCUGGUCCUCAAAAUGAAUGGUAUUUCUUUAGCCACAAGGACAAGAAAUAUCCAACAGGAACUCGAACAAAUAGAGCAACCACUGCUGGCUUUUGGAAAGCAACUGGAAGAGACAAGGCCAUCCAUCUCAGCAACUCUAAGAGAAUUGGCAUGAGGAAAACCCUAGUCUUCUACACAGGACGUGCUCCUCAUGGCCAAAAGACUGAUUGGAUCAUGCAUGAAUAUCGCCUGGAUGAUGACAACUCCGAGGUUCAGGAAGAUGGCUGGGUCGUCUGUAGGGUUUUCAAGAAGAAGAAUCAAAGUAGAGGUUUCUUACCAGAUGUUGCUCAAGAUGAUCACUUCUCUCACAUGAAGGUUAGCUCUUCAUCUGCAUCAAUGGAGCACAAACAGAAUCACAUGCAAGCACUAUAUGACUGUAGCUUCGAUGGUUCCAUGCAUCUUCCACAAUUGUUCAGUCCAGAAUCAGCUGUUGCCCCAUCCUUUAUUACGCCUCUUCCUUUGAACACCAUGGAUAUUAACGAGUGCUCUCAAAACUUGUUAAGGCUAACAUCAAGUGGUUGCGGACUUGUGCAACCAGAGAGGGUCAAUAGUGAUUGGUCAUUUCUAGAUAAGCUUCUUGCGUCUCAUCAAAGCCUCGAUCAGCAAUCUCAGAGCAAGAGGGAUCCAUCAUUUCACCUUGUUGAUCAUAUGGGUGCUUCAAGUCAUCAAAAGUUCACUACAUUUCCAUACCUUGGCUGUGAAAAUGACAUUUUGAAAUUUCCCAAGUAGAUCUAGCAACUCUACAACCUGCAACUUAUAUAUCUUAAACUUUCUUAAGCUGUGGAUCAGACAUUUUUAUUCAAUAUAUAGUAAGAAGCAACCCAUAUAAAGUUCUUGGUUAAAAUUCUAUCUUUGCCA